UGCUUCUUCUUCUCCUAAACUCCUUUACACUUUUUUCGAUGACCUUCUCCGGCGACUGUGCACAUCACUGAAACCGAGGCUCCGGUAAUUUAUGUCGGACACCGACGUUGUUUCUGGCACGUUCCGGGCGCUGGUGGAGAGCGCGGACAGGAAGUUCGCGCGUGUGCGCGACGUGCCGGCGUACGGGCGCGUGCACAACCAGCACUAUUUCCACAAGGUGUUCAAGGCGUACAUGCGGCUGUGGAAGUACCAGCAGGAGAACCGGGCGAAGCUUGUGGAGGCCGGCCUGAACCGGUGGGAAAUCGGCGAGAUUGCGAGCCGGAUCGGGCAGCUGUACUUCGGGCAGUACAUGAGGACGAGCGAGGCGAGGUUUCUGGCGGAGGCGUACGUGUUCUACGAGGCCAUACUGAGCCGGCGGUACUUCGAGGGAGGGUCGAAAGGUGGUGGUUUGGGGAAGAAGGAUCUUGGAGUCCGGUUCAAGGAGCUGAGAUUCUACGCCAGGUUUUUGCUUGUGGCGUUGAUUUUGAACCGGACCGAAACGGUUCAGCUGCUCGCCGAGCGGUUCAAGGCUCUGGUGGAUGACAGCAGAGCCAAUUACCGGGAAACUAAUUUUAAAGAAUGGAGGCUAGUGGUGCAAGAAAUUGUGCGAUUUAUGAAAGUUGAUACGGCAUUUAUGAAUGUCAGGCCAUUGCGAUACUCAGCCAUGUUUGAUUCACAUCCAGCGUCUCUCCCAUAUGUGGCUCGUUUCCAUGCAAAAAGGGUUCUAAAAUUUCGGGAUGCACUGCUGACGAGCUAUCACCGGAACGAGGUCAAAUUUGCUGAACUUACAUUGGACACGUAUCGAAUGCUGCAGUGUUUGGAAUGGGAGCCUAGUGGAUCUUUCUACCAUAAGCGCCCUGUUGAAUCAAAAGAGAAUGGCUCUUUUAUAGAGCACUCUGGGGCUUCUGCGGCUUCUGGAAUCAUUGAUAUGAACUUGGCUGCAGAUAUGACUGAUCCAAGUUUACCUCCAAAUCCAAGGAAAGCAGUUAUCUAUCGUCCAUCUGUGACACAUUUGAUAGCGGUGAUGGCUACAAUAUGUGAGGAACUAGAAGCGGACUGUGUCAUGCUACUGUACCUGUCAGCCUCAGGGACGGCUAGUUGUAGUAACGUUAAUCAACUUUACAACUCUGGAGGAUCACAGAAAUCAUCAAGAAAUAAAGUUCCUCUCCAAAAUCAGAAUACGUAUCGGCCUGAAUCUUGUAAUGGCAAGGCAGAGUCAAGUGGCUAUUAUGAUAAGUAUCUGUGGUUUGGUGCUAGAGGAAAUGGCGGUGAGAAUAACCUAUACCCAGGAGACAUAAUUCCUUUUACUCGCAGACCUCUUUUCUUGAUAGUUGAUAGUGACAACAGCCAUGCAUUCAAGGUUUUACAUGGUGCCGAGAGGGGAGAGACAGCUGCUCUGCUUCUCUCACCUUUGAGACCAGCAUUCAAGAAUCCAGCUGAUGCCGAUUUAACGCAAAACGGAAGUCAGUUCACCUUUUUCUUGACUGCUCCUCUCCCAGCAUUCUUCCAAUUAGUUGGCCUGUCCUCUUCUGAUACUGCAACAGACAUCUAUACUGGUGCUGAGAGCAUACUUUCUGAUGCCUUCUCUAAGUGGGAAGAAAUACUCUGUACAUCAACAACAAUGGAUCUGGUGUGGGCACAAGUUAUGUCUGAUCCAUUUCUUCGGAGACUUAUUCUAAGAUUUAUAUUUUGCAGAGCUGUGCUUUCGUUCUUCUGUCCUCCAGAAGACAGUGAGCAAUAUCUGCCCAUUAGCCUACCCUUUCUUCCCAAUUCUGUCUCUCCAAAUACUGAAGUGAUGCAGUCUUCGAUUUUCCGACUUGCAAAGCACCUCAGAGUUCAAGACUGUUUUAACUUUGACGACACGCUGGCAAGCUUUGUCAAUCAAUUAGCUUGAUUUAAUUUGAGAAGAUUAUAUUGGUUGAUAUUCCGGAAGUAGGGGGAGGCGGAUACAUGAGGCAGUUGCUUAUGCUUCUUCUAUUGCCAAUAUGCAGCAUUGCCGUGCCUUCAUGAUGUAUGGCAGCAUGUUUUGGUUAUGUUGGUGUCUGAUUAUUUAUAGGUCGUGUGAUUUGCCAGGUGAAUCUUUAGAGCUUGUUUCAGUUUACUUAUAGUUGUCAAUACCCUUGUACAAGAAAAUCAGCUAGAGAAAGGAGUCUAAAUUAUAGUUGUGGAAUUUUUUUCUUCACGGUUAGUGGUAGUUUUUCGUUCUUGUCGAAGCUGCUGAAUAAUUAGAUGUAUAAAACAGUACAGAGAAAUGCCACUCCAGAUCGAAUUUGAUUCGAGGUUUUGGGCUACUGGGUAUUUUGGCUGGUAUUUAUUAUUGCUGGUCUUUUUACCAGGGUAUUUGUACAAACGGCUUGAUUUGUUCUUGAUAGCAGAUUUUUUUUC